AUGGAAGACCCUGCCAGCGAGUCAGACGACUUUGCUUCUCGUCAUGCCAGUGUGAAAGUAGGAGACUUCGCAAAGGUGCUGGGUACGCGAUAUCGCGAAACACGGGCUUUGCGGACCAGUCAUCCUGGUGAACUUUGUGAGCGCCUACUCAAGCACUUCACCACAUUCCAGCUGAAGGCCAAAAGCAUCCAUGAGCAUGUGGAAGCGACGAGAGCACCAAUGGAUGUGCUCACGGCCGAGCAAAUGUUGCUUGAUUACGCCGAGAGCCUGGCUCGUGAAUUCGCUGCAGGGCGUGAUGAGCUGCGCCGAUCUGGUAGGUGCCAGAUGAAUGCGGAACUCAAUGCCCAACAUGACACGCUGUGCUUUUGUCUUGCGGUGUUGGAGCUGGUUAUCGAGACGGCCCUUCGCCGUUUUGCUCCAGCCGCACCCGGGCUCUUGCGGUGGUACUGCCGGCACUACCUGGAAGGUGAGGAGGAUGUUUCUGAUUGGUACCAAGCUGCAGAAAGCGCAUCUGCAGAUGACAUUCUGGAAGAGGGUUCCGAGUUUUGGGAGCCGAUGUGCCGUCUUGCCCUUGCAGACCGCAAGAGUGAAGUGGCCCAAUUGCUGAAGGGCGCAGCAAGAAAGGACUCGCACAUCUUGCUGUUUUGUGACUUCCUGUCGAAGUUCCCUUCGAUGAGGGAGAUGGAGCUUGCAGGGGCCACUACUGUGGAGUUUGGUCAGGCCAUAGUAGAAAUGCAGGAUGCUGCGCAGAGCAUCGCCUGCCAGCUGCCAGAGAAGCAUCCCUUGCAACAGCUUCUCGAGGUCUACAUGAGGUCGAGCCAGGUGGACUUUGAAGCCAACAAGGACACCUCUUGGAAGUUUAGCCGGACCUGGAUUGAAGAUUUCGUAUUCACCCAUGCAUGGGUGUUUCCCGACCUUCGACGUGCAGAGCUUGGGGACUUGCUUCAGGCAGUUGCCCGACGGCGCCCGGAUGAAAGCAUCGAUGAUGUGGAUAGAGCUUUCGUAGCAGCCGUCAAGUGUGAUGUGCCAGCUUUGCUGGAAGUGCUUUCUUCGAUGCCGGACAAAUUUCCUCAGUAUUUUGUGGUGCAUCUAGUGGACUUGCUGUAUUAUGCCGGACACUUGUCCUUGUCCGCGGAACCAGACUGCCACCUUGCCCCCCGAGAUUGGCAUCUCAUGGCAUAUGCUGCAGACCUUUGUCAGCCACCACAGCAGCUGCGCUGUGCCCUGAACUACUUGCGAGCUGGAGGUGCUCCGGAGGUAGCCAGGUGCUUGCAAUUCCUCGCCGACAAGUAUUGCUCCAAUGCCGUCGGUGACAACAAGUCAAUGUGGGAGGCAUUGUCGCUUUUGGAUGACUUGGAGCUGGGCGAGCUGGGUCGCCAGCAUUGCUGGCAGCGUGCACGGCUUCUCCGGAGCUCCGGUGAUUUGCUGGGGGCCUUGUCCUGGGCCUGUUGGGCAGUUGUUGGCAUCCAAAGCUCAGAGCAAGACGUGGAGAUUUGCGUGGACAAGCUAGACAAAGGAGCAGCGGAAGUGUCAGACUUUUGUGAUGAAAUCGUUGAGAAUGGCAUGUUGGAUCUCCUCGAGGCCCUCGCCCCAGCAAACUUGGAGGAAUCCUUCGAUGAUUGUCCCUCUUCGGCGCUAUUAGCCGCAAUGGCUCCGCCUGGUGCGCCAGCUCCCCUGCCCACACUUCCAGCUUCCGCGCGCCUGUACUUCUUCAUCCAGUACGCACGCUGCCACGCCCUUCAUGCAGCUGGGAGGCCGACCGCAUCCUGGGCGCCUGUGCUCGUAAAGCUGUUGUCUCACGGAUUUGCUUCGUCCGCUGUGCAGCUUCAGGUGCUGCAGGAGGAGCUGUCCGGGGUGUUGGAAGAAGACCCUUCUCCCUUCGAGACGGAAGAGGUUCUCGCACUCAUGCGGAUCGCAAAUCUAGCAGCAGCGGAAGAGCACAAGGGGACUUCUGAAAAGGAGCCUCGACAUACCCAGCAUCGAUUGCGACGACAGCGAGACAAGAAAAUGAAGAGCGCACAGAGCGCGGAGGGCAAGCCGGAGCAGCCCGAGACCCAGGUACCCACCGUUCGGCAGCUGGUCGGCUUUGUCACAUCUGGAAGCUUUUCGUAUCGGCAUGGAUGCGGUGCAGGUGUCGGAGCUGUAGUGGCCGGGGUCCUUGGUGAUCUGGCACAACAUGCAGGUGCAACGGGUGAUGUACCCCGAUGGAUCUGGCUUUGGGCGCGAAAUACGACAUCCCUUGUGUACUUCCCUGUUUGGGUGUCACGGGCCAAGGCUUCCAGCACGCAGGUUUUCAGAGGUUGCAGGUCGCCGUGCGGACAUGUUCCAAGGCAGUGCCUCCCUGACGACCAGGGCUUCGGAUGA